ACAUCUCAAGUUGAAUGACGUAUCGUAUGAUCGCAUGUUGUUUGACGUAUUUAUUUAUUCACGAAUUGAUUUUGAUUCAAUAAAAAGUAAUAUUGUGCCUAAAUAAAUACCACUAAUAUUGAUAAACAUCAUACUGAAAAAUACAAACAUUUAAUGUUAAAUCCAUCGUGUUGAGUCAUGGCUAAAACUAAAGUGACUGGAGCCACCAGCAGGCUAAAACAGGACUAUUUGAGGCUAAAAAACGAUCCAGUACCAUAUGUGACCGCUGAGCCGGUACCUUCUAAUAUUCUUGAGUGGCAUUAUGUUGUAAAAGGCCCAGAAAAGAGUCCAUACGAAGGCGGAUACUAUCAUGGCAAAAUCAUUUUUCCAAGAGAAUUUCCUUUCAAACCACCGUCAAUUUACAUGAUUACGCCGAAUGGAAGAUUCAAAACGAACACAAAGUUAUGUCUCAGCAUCACCGACUUCCACCCCGAUACAUGGAACCCGGCGUGGUCUAUAUCGACCAUACUUACUGGUUUGUUGAGUUUUAUGUUGGAGAAAACUCCCACAUUGGGUUCCAUCGAAACAUCGGACUACCAGAAGCGAUGUUUGGCGGCGGAAUCUCUUGAAAUAAACAUUAAAAAUAAGAUGUUUCGUGAGUUGUUCCCAGAGUAUGUGGACGAGAUUGAGUUGCAGCUGAAGCAGCGCCAGGAGGCGAUGCUCAACUCGGAGAAUGCAAACAUAGGCAGUGAUGGUGAUGUGACAAACGAACAGCAAUCCAACGUGCAUUACAUCCUGACAAACUUAUUUGUGCUUGUUGGUUUUGUUUUUCUCGCCUAUAUGGUCAAAUAUGUUUUGGUCUCCAUAUCUAAUGAUUAGAUUUGAUUUCUCACUAUAUGUUAAGGCAUCUUUUUGAACUAAAGAAAUGUUAUCAGAAAUAUAACAUGGCCAUUUGUAAUUAAGUGUUAAUUGAUCAUAGAUGGCAUCCUUGUUUCUUCUGUGCAAUAUCACUGACAUUUUAUUAUGAAAUAGGUUUCUUUAGAUCUAAAGAGAUAAGAUGUAUAUAUUGUAAUUUAUUUUUGUACAUACACAUAUUCCAUUAGGCAAAUUGUGACUGAGAUUUUGCUGUCUGAUAUUGUGUUACCCUGUGUUCUAUGUACUUUCUUGUGCUUCACUCUAGCUACAGGUUCAAAUCUGUGCAGAAACAUACACAUUUACACCUUAUCCAACCCAUUAUGCUUGUUUUAAUUAUAUUUGUAAUUGGGUUGUAAAUUUUCUUUUUCUUAGUAAACUUAUUCUACAAACAAUUUAUUGAAUUAAUAUGCAAGAAAUAAUCAUUUAUUGUGAAUGUAAUACCAUCACCAAAGCAGUAUAUGUAACAUUGGCUACAUUUUCUCUAUUUUUAAAUUCAAUUAAUUUGAUCUAAUGUUUACUUAUUGUUUUGAGCAAUAAGAACACUUUUAUUUUUCAAUGUACUAUACUUACUUCUUACGCAUUUAAUGUAUUAGAUGAUUCCUGUUUUGUGACUUGAUAACCUUAUAAUAUGUAUAAUUUGUAUUAUAUGCCUUCAUAGGUUUUUAGUGUGGAUUUGGGUCCAGAUGAAACACACAGGUGCCUCUCAAAGUUAAUUAUGUAAAUUUUAUAUUACUAUAGCCUAGCAAUAUUUAGUAUAAAGAUUAAAAAUUCAAGUAUAUUUAAAAACAAUCUACUGGGCACUUGUGAAAUCAAGUGAAAGUGAUAUUGCAAAUUUGUUUUGAAAGUGUUCUGGACCCUUCCAUUAGAUAUGUAUGGCAUGCCAUGGAUUGGUGUGUGUUUAAUUGUUGAAAUUAUUUGGAAAUGAGUAAUUUAUAUUGAAAUUAUUGAAAUAAGAAUUACAUUGGUAGGCAAUUCAGAAAGAGAGCUAUCAUGAAAUUUGAGUGUGAUUUUGAGCCUCAAUAUGUUUUUUGAGUGGAUAACAAAAUAAGGCAAUGUUGCCCAAUAGAAAUAGUUUAGGACAGUAAAAUUAAUCAUCAGGUUGAUGACAAAAGUUGAAAUACCAGUUCAACUUGUAUUAAUGAUCCUAAAUUUGUUGUAUAAAAGUGCCUGCAAAGGUCUAAUUAUGAAUAAACUAUUGAAUUUAACUUGGCAACAUUAAUUCUUAUUUACCUAUUGUAGCCUUUUUCCUUAUGUAUAUUACUUUAUAAAGAUUGUAUCAGAGUAUGAGUAUACUCAUAUGAUACAGUCAACCAUUCCAGGUUGGUAACAAAUGUUUGAAAAGUAUCUAUUUUUCAGACACAAUACUUUGAGGUCAAUGUAAGAAAAUAGGUAAAUAAUAAACUGAAUUUAGUUAUAUCCUUUCUUAGAGGCUAACAUGUGUAAUUGACGUGUUUUAGACAAUGAAAAUAAUCUAUUGUGCUGUUUUGUUUAUGCUAUGUGCAUUAUGUAAAGGUGCAAGUAGCCCUAUUAAUGUUGAUACUGCAUAUAUUUCCAGUAAUUGUAGAUAAAUUGAACAAAAAUCAGUAAAUGUUAUUUUUUUAUCAGCAA